AUGUACUCCACCCACACAAUUUCCACAUUCCGCUUCCGCUUCGGUCGCAAACAAUCCCCACCAUACAAGGAAUCUCCACAACAGAUUGUGAUGAGGAUGGCCUUUAUCGCUACACAUCCAGAAGAUAGCUUUGGAAUGAAAAGGAACUCGCCGCUAUAUCGCGACCCAGGCGAUAGGGUCUACGUCCUGCGUCGAAGUGCAGAAGCCUCCAGGGACAAAGUCUUUCUUCUUACGAUGAACGAUGGCAAGGAAGUAAUCGCAACGCUCCCAAAUCCUAAUGCCGGAACUCAAUACUUUGCCACAGGUAUUCGGGUCGUACUCGAUAUUCCAGCCCCGGUGGUGUACGCUUGGAGCUUCUCUACUGAAGACAUUGAAGCCGAGUAUAUUAUAAUGAAGAAGAGCCGGGGAGUGGAACUUAGCAAGCUGUGA